CCCACAUUGGACGUACUCGAUUAUUUGACGUUUCACCUGUUUGUUUUACUCCCUUGUUUACUGCAAGCUACCGGGAAUAACAUUCGCCAUUUCGGAAAAGUUCCUUCUGUAAAUGGAUAUUAAACUGUAAAUUUUCACCCUCGUAUACCUUCUCAAUCGACUGCCAUUCAUUUUAUAUUAUGGAACAAUUCCCAUCUGAGCAAAACGACAAAAGUGCGAUCCUGAACAACGUCGUCGGCCCUCAGACGUCGCAACUGACAGUUGGCGAGCUUGACAUCGAAAUUUUGCCUGUAAUUUACGACAUAAUCCGUUGUGUCGAAAAGAAUCCCGUUGACAACGCAGCAAAACAAAGGGAGUCGCAGGAGUGCAGUCAGAAGAUCCUUGAGCUGCAAAAAAGAUUCGACAGUGCUCGGAGUCAAAUCCGUCAACUGCCCGGGAUUGACUACAACAAAGAGGAGCAGCUCCAAAAACUCGAACAGCUGAAGAGUCAGUUGAUGCUGAAGCAAAAACUGAUCAAGAAGUACAAAAACAAACCGUUCUAAGCCGUCACUAUGGUUCUACGCUUCAUCCUCCGACACCUG